CUGACUCAAUUGAUAAUGGUGCGAUAACGGAAAUUCAACAAAUAUGGAAAAUAGCAGAAGGGGAGUGCCGAAAUUCACCUGCUAUUUUUGUAAUAGGACCAUUGAAAAUGAAACGCAAGUGGGUCACAGCUCAGUUUGCGGCAGUACGCUGGUCGCAUGUCCCAACAAAUGCGGGUCCUAUAUACCUAGAAGGGACUUAAAUAAACACAACAAAGAUUGCGUCAACAGGGUAGCUAAAUCUUCACCCAACUUAACAAUGUUAAAAGAACGACAAACUUUUGAUCCAAGAAAUAAUCCAUAUGGCACAGUUGGUAGGAAUGGUACCUCGAAAUCCGAUAUCCAAGACACAAUCUAUAAACUCUCUAGAAAAGUGGAAGACCUCGAUAGUCGUUUCCAAUUUUUCAAAAACCAAAAUCAACAAUACGUACCACUGCAAACUUUCGAAUCCCUAAAAACAGCACAUCUCCAACUCAAUUUAGACAUCGAGAAAUUAAAAUACCAAAAUCAAAUCACUUUUGAAUGGAGAUCCAAUAUCGAUGUUCUUCUAUCCCAGUUAAAGCAAAAUAUAUCAAGCGUAGAAAAUUACAGAAGAGAUGUAAACGUCAAUUUGGCAGGACUUCAGAGUAGAAUCGGGUUGAUGGAAAAAUUCCAGGAUCAAAUCAAUCAAUUAAAAGACAGUUUCUUAAGGGAACAAGCUUAUAACAGACAAGUCGAUAUGAAUUUUAACGAAAACAUAGACGAUUUUAAAAAACAACUCUCCCAAGAUAACACACAACAGUUAGCAAUACUUUCAGAUUUAAAAGAUAGCAUUUCUUCUUUAAAACUUGACCUAGAAGAUGUUAGAUCUAAUCAACAAGAUCAAGGCAUCAAAUUUACUAAUAUCAUUUACGAUUUGAAUAACGCUAACCAUAUCGCAACAAUUGCUAAUAAAAAAGUUGAAAGUUUAGAAAAGGAUUUUGAAGUUAUGAAGAAGAAUGUGAGUCAAAUGAAAUUAGAUAUGGAAAUAUUGGAAGGGUUGAGUGCUUCUAGUGAUAUGAGGGUUGCUGCGGGUAGAUUAGUGUGGAAGAUAACAGAUAUUGAUACCAAAAUGGUGGAGGCUAAACAGAAUAGUAGCGUAUUGAAGAGUCCUAUAUUUUAUACUCACGAGUACGGAUAUAGGGUCAGAAUUUUUUUAUAUUUGAACGGUCUAAAUAAAUGGAAAGACAGAUAUGCUCUCUUAUCAUUGCAUGUACUAAAAGGUGAACAUGACUUAUUAUUAAAAUGGCCUUGUCAGAUAGAAGGAAGUGUUACAUUACGAGACCUUGACAAUUUAGAAACACCUAAACCAUUUACCAAAAUCAUCACAGCCAAACGACAACAUGGCGACGAGGAAUGUGAAGAUCCGCAAGAAUCAUCUUCUUGUUAUAUUUUCAUUCCUCACACAACUUUAUUGAAAUUUAACUAUAUGAAGAAUGACACAGUUUUUUUGGACAUAAAAAUUAGACAAACAGGAAAGCUUGAGACCAGUUUAUAAUGUUUUUUUUUAUUUAAAAAAGAGUAUUUGGUUAAAAUUUCAGAUUUUUCAUUCAUACAAUUUAUAUUUGCAAUAAUGUACAAAAUUGUUCAUAGUAGUAUUUGUAUUUUUUAAAUAAAACGAC